UUUACUAAUUGGUCAAUUUUGGCAACUAAAUCUUUUCACUGUUUAAAACGCAGAGAACAGCGUGCUUUUCAGAACAAUUCCAUGAAACGACCAUGUCGUAUACAUAUUUUAUUACAAGAUGUUCAAUUUCAUGGACAGAAACGGUUUUGCCGCUUAUAAGUGCAUCUAAUUAAUUAGCAGCCAACCUUAAGACAUGAAAGCUAUGAAAAUUUUCAAACGCCUUUUGUAUGCAAUAUUAUUGCCUCUUCUUUUUGAUCUUCUACAUCCUCUUCAAGCGCAGCAGGACCAAUCCGGGUUCAUUAGCUUAGACUGUGGGCUUCCAAAAGACUCCAGUUACUCAGAACCAACAACAAAGAUUAAUUAUAUUUCAGACAGACCUUUCAUUAACACUGGCUCAAGCAAUAGCAUAUCAGCAGAAUAUAAAGCCAACCUCCAACAGCAGGUGGCAUUUGUAAGAAGCUUCCCUCAAGGAAUCCGAAACUGUUACACGCUAAACGUUACAAAAGCUACCAAGUAUUUGAUCAGAACCACUUUUCUCUAUGGCAAUUAUGAUGCCCAAAAUAAGCUACCGCAGUUCGAUCUUCACUUGGGUCCUAAUUAUUGGGACACAGUGAAUUUCAACUCAGUAAACUCAGCUACCUUCAAGGAAAUCAUACAUAUUCCUUCGCAAGACCAUCUCCAAAUCUGUCUUGUAAACAACAACUCUGGCACACCUUUUAUUUCAGCAUUAGAAUUGAGGCCCCUCGAGAAUACAACUUAUGUUACCACAACUGGCUCAUUGGCACUUGCCUACCGCUUGGAUUUUGGUUCAACCACAAAUAAAUCAUACAGGUAUCCGUACGAUGUUUAUGAUCGCCUAUGGACACCCUACACACAGAAAGACUGGACCACGAUAACAACCUCGCUUACUGUAAAUCAUCCAGAUGCCCAGGUUGAUUUCCGGCCACCAUCUAUUGUGAUGAGCACCGGCGUGGUGCCAUUGAACGCCAGUGCUCCCUUGGAAUUCUUUUGGGAGCCCCUGAAUGAAACUAAGAAAUAUUAUAUAUACAUGCAUUUUGCUGAACUUCAACAGCUCCAAUCCAACCAGUCCAGAGCAUUCGAAAUCACUCUGAAUGGGAAGUCGUGGUUUGAUGAACCUUUUUCCCCAGGCUACUUGGAGGCAAACUCUGUGUACAGCACCCGAGCUUCCACAGCAUCAAAUUUUAGUUUCUCACUCGUUCGGGUGAACAACUCAACUCUCCCACCAAUCCUUAAUGCCCUUGAAGUCUAUAGGGUGAUAGAAUUCCUCCAACCAGAAACAGAACAAGAUGAUGUUGAUGCCAUCAACAACAUUAAGUCAAGUUAUGGAGUAAGUAGAAACUGGCAAGGAGAUCCAUGUGCUCCAGUUGCAUUCUUAUGGUCAGGUCUAAAUUGCAGCUACAAAGAUUCUGAUACGCCUAGAAUCAUAUCCUUGAACUUGUCAUCAAGUGGAUUGACUGGCGAGAUAGCCUCAUACAUAUCCAGUCUCACUAUGUUACAAUCAUUGGAUUUAUCAAACAAUAGCUUAACAGGGCCAGUUCCUGCAUUUCUCUCUCAAUUGCAAAACUUGAGAGUCCUAAAAUUGAAUGGAAACAUGCUCAAUGGUUCUGUUCCAGCUGAACUCAUUGAAAGGUCAAAGAGUGGUUUUCUAUCAUUAAGCGUUGGAGACAAUAAAGAUCUUUGUGCAUCCCUUUCAUGCAAAAAGAAGAACAAUGUUAUCAUUCCAAUAGUAUCAUCAAUUGGUGCAUUGGCUGUCCUGUUAACUGCAGCGGCUAUCUUCAUCAUCCUAAAACGAAAAAAGAAAUAUGAUAUGAGACUAGGUUCGAGAUUGACAGUCCAAAAUGAUUCAUUGGAGCCUAAAAAAUGUCAAUUUACAUACUCUGACGUCCUAAAAAUGACAAAUAAUUUUGAGAGAACUCUUGGUAAAGGAGGAUUUGGUACAGUCUUUUAUGGCAACAUAGAGGGCACUGAAGUAGCUGUGAAGAUGCUGUCUUCUUCAUCGGUUCAGGGGUAUCAACAAUUUCAAGCAGAGGUUAAACUUCUAAUGAAAGUUUAUCAUGGAAAUUUGACAAGCCUUGUCGGAUACUGCAAUGAAGGAACCAACAUGGCUCUUAUCUAUGAGUACAUGGCCAAUGGAAAUCUGGAAUCACAUCUUUCUGCAGGAGAUGGAAGCCAAAGUGUCUUAAGUUGGGAAGGAAGACUUCGAAUAGCAUUGGAUGCAGCACAAGGCUUGGAGUAUCUGCACAUUGGUUGUAAGCCACCUAUAAUCCACAGAGAUGUUAAGACCCCUAAUAUCCUGUUAGCUGACAAUCUUCAAGCCAAAUUAGCCGAUUUUGGUCUAUCUAGAAUUUUCCCAACGGAAGGUGGCACUCAUGUCUCUACCGUUAUUGCUGGCACCCCUGGUUACCUUGAUCCAGAGUACUACAUAACAAAUAGGCUAAAUGAGAAAAGCGAUGUUUAUAGUUUUGGAGUAGUUCUGUUAGAGAUAAUCACCGCCGAACCUGCCAUAAGUAGAACUCAAGAGAGAACUCAUAUAAGCCAAUGGGUUGGUCAUGUGCUUGCUGAUGGAGAUAUUAGAAGCUUGGUUGAUCCAAGAUUAGAGGGAGAUUUUGAUGUUAAUUCUGUGUGGAAGGCUGUUGAAAUAGCAAUGGUUUGUUUAUCUUCAAUGUCCAUUAAAAGGCCAAGCAUGAAUGAAGUGGUAAUUGAACUAAAAGAUUGUUUAGCAAUGGAGUUAGCUCGAAAGAACCACACCCCUUCGACUGAUUUGGUAGCUUCCAGUGAAAUGAUAUCUAUAGAUUCGUCUACUGAACUGAUUUAUCCCUUAGCAAGAUAGCAGUUUUUUUUUUUUUUUUUUUUUUUUUGGCCUCAAAUUCUUUUAUAUCUUAGUGUGAUGCUUAAAGAUGAACAAUAUUGGUGUAAUUUGUAUUCAUUUUUAGUUCAUCAUCCAUUGUCUUUGUGUAUUUGUGGAUAUCGAUAUAUUAGGGCAUAAAAAGCUAGCUUUGUUCUUAUAGACAAAUAUAUUAU